AUGUCCAAAUACAAGAAAGAGAGCAGUUCUUCCGAUGAAGAGGAUGACUACAAGGAGAGUUCACCAGUGAGCUCCGACGACAGAAGGGAUGCAUCAAACGAUAUGGGUCGCCAUCUGUUUGGUUGUGAAAAAACAUCAGAUAUUAUUUUGCAAAUUACACAAGUCGCAGAUGACCCUUUCAAACUGUAUUGUCACAAAACAUGUCUCGAAGCAAAUUCUCCAUAUUUAAAAUCGAAAAUUGAAGAUUUACUGAACAUCCGAGAUCAACAUGAAUCCAUUGAUGAAAGCAAACCAAUUUUAAUUUUAAAUGAUUUGGAAAGAUACGAUAAAAGAAUCAUAACGAGGGUAAUCAAAUAUAUGCAUGAUCACCAUGCCAUCAAAUUUGACAAUCCAAUCCUAUGCUUGGAAGACUGUAUUACAAUUUUUAAAAUUGCUACACUUUUUGGUAUGGAACAAAUGGCUGCUCGUGCAAAAACAGUGUUAAUGGACCACCAUGUAAUCGACUCUCAUAACUUUUUCCAGUAUUACAUUUUAGCCAAAUCUUAUGCUUUGGAUCAAAUACUCGACGAAUUGAAACGUUUGAUUGGUCAAUUACCUGAGUACACCAUCCACACAAGCUCUCACUUGAUGAAGAUGAGUGAAUUUAUGCUUAUGGAUUUUAUUACUGAAAUGAGUAAUGUGGAUGGAAGUACGGUCAAUGUUUGCAUGUCUGUUCUUGCGUGGUGUAGAGUCAAUGUUCUUGAUGUGAAAAAGUUGAGAAAAGUAUUGUCCAACUUGUGUGAAAGUAUGAGGAAUGAGGAGCAAGUGAAGAAUACUCCAUUUGGUUUGGUUUUUCCAGUAUGGAAAUUGUUUUUGAAGGAUGAAGUAUCACUCUCUGAUGAAGCAUUUUUAUGCAUGUAUCAUUCGCUGUUAGGUAGUUCCUUGAGUUAUUAA